CUCCAUUUGACCUAAGCGCCAUGAAUGAACCUGUAGUUAUCAAUUACAAUGAACUAGAAGCAGCGCUUCGAGAAAGGGAACAGUGGCAAGGAGUCUGGCCCGCAGUCCGCGUUAUUGACUUUCAUGAUGGCAAAAUAACAACUGAUCGUGUUUUUGAACUUGACGUCGACCUGGAGAGCUUUUUGAAAGAAAAACCACAAGCAAAGUUACGAUUCAUUCUUCUAGAAACUCGUCAAGUCACCCCUAAUAAUAAAGACACUUGGCAAGGCGAAGUUAUUUCCGCUGCUAUCAAUCCAGCAAUGUUAAGAUGCCUCCGAAAGCACGCAGGGUUAUUCAAUACUUUCAUUGAGGCUACUUGCGGUAUCGGGCACUGGUACUCAGCAAAGCAUAUGUGUUAUAAUGAUGACUUUAAAGAGACUGUAUAUGAAAAGAAGUUGGAUAUUUUCUACGAGUAUAUCCCUCAAGAAAAGAAGCACUCAUGCACUCAACUCUCAAUAGCCAACAAUUCAACCACAUAUUUCUUCCUCGACCUACCCGGAUCGGUGCUUGCGCGGUUUAUGGGAGACGUAGCCAGAGAUUCCAAACUCUCGACACGCUUCUUUUACAUGGAUACUUUGAUUGCGGAUGAGGCAAUGAGAACAUGGCAGAAAAAUAUUGCCUUGAAGCGCACGGAGCUGAAAUCCCUUGACAAAACUAUUGAUGAUUCAAAGGUUAACAACCAAUCCCUUCGUGAGUUACAUGCCCUGGCUCGGGAGUGGCAUAUACUCGCACGAAAUUUGUCCGACUAUUCUGCCCUUCUGAAGUUCUUCAAAACUUCCUCAUCGAGAUACUAUGCUUUAACAGAUUCACACGCGAGUAAAUGGGCGCUGGACAUCAUGUCAUUAAACGGGACUCUCGAAUAUUUGGAUUCGAGCUGCCAAUCACUCACUUACUUGAUAUCCGACUAUAGCGGUCGAACCAAAACCCGGAUUGACUUGCUGUACCACCUUGCCAGCCAAUCAGAAAGUCAAUCGGCCCGCGAGCUUGCGGAACUGGCACGACAGGACAGUGCUGCAAUGCUCACUAUUGCGGCAGUUACUUUGUUGUUCCUCCCCGGUACAUUUAUUGCGUCGAUAUUGAGCACUACUAUCUUUAACUUUGCCGAUGGAGAGAUGCAAGUAUAUAGAAAGUGGUGGAUAUUUCCUGUGACUGUGGUACCGUUUACAAUUCUUGUGUUUGUUGCUUGGUUUGCUUGGCUUGCUCAAAAACGUGGGAAAAGGGACUACAAAUAACUAUGCAAAUAGGUUAUGGAUAGCAGAUCAUGAGUAUUGAU